CGAGUGUCACGGUAGAGUUGCAAGGCCGAUACUACUACAGCUGCUACUGGUGAAGAUCAUUUUGCCUGCACAGCAGAGUUACAUCCUCAGUGUCAACCAAACCCAGUCGAUCCUCCACUCACCCUCCUUUUCUUAUUAGUAGCUGUGACUGCUACUACCACGGUCCAAUGCUGGCGCCACUCUCCGCUCAAUAUUUCAUGCACUGGCAGUCGAUGUAACUCGUCUAAUCGACCAUGGCUGUCCUUUUUCGGUGCUACCGUUCUGCUCACCAGCAAUGACCACCUGCCGUAUCGAACGGUGCAAGUCAACUUCCCUGAAGGACAAUAUUCGAUAGCCCCGGGCAUCCUCAUGUUGCAGCUGUCGUUGGGGUUUGUGAGAUUGGGCCUUGUGGCAAUUCCGCAUCUUCGAAUGGUAUACAGGGCUGCAAUGCACGCCGUCUUGGAGGUGGUGGGAUGCUCCUCGGUGCCAGCGCUGCUGGGCACUGUUUGCUUGAAAGAGGCGGGAGGGAGGGAGUCAAGCUUCAAGCGCCAUUCUACUCGUUUUUGGUAGGUUUUGCUGUACUGACAGGUCACUUAUCUUUUUUGCUAGCAUUGCACCGAGUGCCACCAACUGCGUACUUCGCUCUCCAUCGAACGUGUCCUUUGUGGCUGACGGUGUGACUGCUUGCUCUGUUUCUCUGACCAACGGCGGAUCGAAGCUGGCAAACAGCCUUGACAGCCAGCACAACCCGUGCAGGUGUCAAGCCUGCGCUGAGGUGAGAGCAUCUCACAUUGCUGUUGGCCACAAGGAGGAAGAGCUGGAUCUCGGCCGCGUCAUGAUGGUAGAGCAGGCUGUCCUCACGUAAAACUUCAUCUACAACAUCAAGCGUCUUUACAAAUCUGCGAAAAAGGUGAUAGUGACCAGCAGGGCAAGGUCUGCUCUAUAAAAAGCACUCCGUGCUGCUUAGAAAGGGGAUGCAGAAUUAUGACUCAAUCACGGCUGAACAUCCCGUUUCCGAUCGAGCUGGUCAAGUUUGGAAUCCGUCUUUUUGGAAUAAUAUGGCGUUGAAGUGAGACAGGGUCUUGCAUCUUCCAACCCAGCUAUGUGUGUGAGCCGUCCCAGACUGGGCAGAAGAAGGCAUUUGCGAGUCAAGACACAAUCAUGCAUGGUCACUAGCCAAGCAGCCAUGUGUCAGCCAUGAAGGGACACAAUGGGCCGUGCCGAAGAUGGCUUGCUCUACGACAUGCGUGCCGGCCUUAUUCUCAUCUACGUUUGACCCUUCAGCCGCGUUGAGGUCAGCGGUCGAUCCUUUCCAACAGCUUUUCCAUGCGUAACAUCGAAAGGAGCAAGAAGCUGGCUAUAGCUCGACUACUCAGCGCUUGUUAUUUAGGCGACCAUAUCCCAGCAAUCUUGACGACUCUGAGACAGACGCCAAUUCACGGGCUGGUCCUCGCACGGGUUGGUUGACAACAAGGCCACCAUAUGUAGUCCAACCUCAAGAUGUAGGGAAGCGACACGUCUCUGACCAAACCUGUUGCACUACGAAGCUUGACCGCCAAUUUAGGAGGGCUUCAAUAGCAGAAUUACUGGAACUAUCUGAAUUUCCAUAAGGACGCCCGCGGAAUGGUUUUUGGAAUAUCUAACUCGCAGGGAGGACCGACAACAAUGUUCAUGCCAUUAUUGAGAAAGGCAACACCUCGAGAAAGGACAUGGCCAGUAAAUCAAGUGUUUGGCGCCGGCUCGAAAUUGACAUGCCACGAGCGCUACACCGCACAAGCUCGUUGCCACCUAUAGCCAGCAACACCUACUCUUUACAAAUCAACCCUUGUUGCUGCUAGCAGUAAGACCAGAAGAAAAUCGACCCAACUAUCAUGUACAUUCAAUGACAACUGAUCCUUUUUCCGCCUGCCCGGCCGUUGGGACAUUGUGUUUCGGCAGUUGGGAACGAUCCUGGCAGGGCACAUUGGCGUCAGGGGAACCCUAGGUAGGAUCUCUAACCACCAUGAGCCUAGGGUGUCCUCCCUCGACAUGGACUGAACAGCCUCUUUUCAGCCCUGCUUCCAAUGCGGCCCUGGCCAGUCUGGUCUUGAUCCGCCAGCGCUCGCCUAAAUUCGAACCGUUGCUGUCUCGGCUGUUGUGGACAGGCUAUACUGCGUUAUGCUGUAGCGUCGUUGAUCCGGCAUCACGUCAGUUACCCGAAUCCUGGGACCGGAUCGUCGAAAGAAGCGAGACAACAGAACCCACAGGGGCUGUCUGCACCGUGCUCAGGCUGUCUCAGGCAUUGUGUGUCCUUUGGCAGCUGGUCCGCGCAGCAUUGUCCACCGAGCGAUCCAGCUGCCACUCGACUGAUGAUGGGUAUGACAGGGACACGUUUAUCUAUACAUCUUAUAUGAGGUCCUGCUACAUGGCCCAGUACGGGCAGAGACCCUGUGGAUGCUAUCGUACUAGUUGUUCAUCAUUCGAACACGACACACGCGUUGAGGCUAGUCACCUCGUGGCUGUUGGUGUUUGUUGUGGCCAAUUCCUUGUUUACGGGAUUUUAGGUAAACAAGACACACCCAGCACGCCUUUCCAUCGCCUAGGAUGCCGCAAUCGUCUCCUCCGCACGCCGUCUGUUUGCGGUAGCUUCGUGGACUUUUGAGCCUAGCUGACCACUCAAGGGAUCGAGGAUUCAGCCCGUAACUUUGAACUACGGUAUGACAGUCUCCCCAACUGCCCCAGGACUGCCGUGGACCAACCUCCGGGGCCAACCACCGGCUUUCGAGGCAUCUCCGGCCCUGGUCGUGACACUUCAGUGGGUCGUGGAUCCCUGCCGGGCCUACAGACUAUUCCUUGUCAUUUGUCCGACGCAAAACGCCUCUUUUUGCACAACUUCUAGCAUCAUCCUUGCCCACAUUCAAAUCACGAGAGAUUUGGCUGCCUCUUGUUACAGCUUUUGCGCCCUUGUCAGUACUGGGAUUUCCUUCUCUUUUCGCAUGCCGGACGCGUCUUUCCUUUUCUUGACCAGACUUCGACACACCCACUCUCGUUUGCAGACCGCGUCCAACUCAGACGCAUCAUCUAUGCCAGUUUUCCAGUGCGACCUAACAUCCUACUUAAACACGUCAAAAUCCCAUUUGACGUUCCCGCUUGCCAACGGGAUAUCCGCCCGUGCGCGCAAAGAACCGCUCGCGUCAAUGCGCAGAGGAAGGUCCCUUUCUUUCGUGUGUACUCCAGGGUCGAAACAGAAACAUGGAAUCUCGUCUGCGCAAGCUUCUUUCCCCGAAGAGGCCGUCGGCGGAGGAUAGAACCGCUGCCGCCGAGCUAGAUCUGCAUAGUGUGCCUUACACUACAGCUCCCGCUCAAGGCAAGCUACCUGUAUUCAUCCACCAUGCCCUGGGCAAAACUGCUACUGUCAAAGCCAGACCUGAGGCGACCGUAACGUCCACUGGGGUUCGCUCACUCUCAUACGAUUCUACUGUACCAGGAAAGCCGCCUCAACUCUGUGACAGGCCGCAACGAGGUAAUGGGCCCGUCAAGCUCCAAACCAACCGACGUCUGAGUUCGGGGGAACUCCUCGUCACGCAGCAGGACUACGAGCGCACCUUGGACGAUAUCCGCCAGGGCGACUACAUCCUGGGCGGAAAGGAUCGAAGGAUAUCCCAGGCCACAACAGCUCGGCCCAGAACAUUGCCUGUCAAAACCGUGGCUUCGCACUCCUUCUCAUCUGCCCCGAGUGCGGCUUCGCGCACCAAUCCUGGCCCUGCAAGUCCACAAUGGGAACCUCCCUCUGCCAUGAGUGAUGACGCUGUCUUCGGCGCCUCGUCGAGUUCCGCACAACUUUUUGGCAACGACCAUUUAUAUGAGAACCCGUCAUGUGGUUCGAAUCGUUCCACAACCGGACUCGGCAUUUCCACGCUUUCCCCUCAAUUCUAUCCUCGACACAUGGCAUCCACGAGCUCCUUCCCCGAGCACCAGGAAGAGCGCCAGCCGGCCGUACAAGCUCUCUGGAGAGCUGAAUAUGGCCGACUUGCUUCUAUCUACGGUCAAGCAGGGGUGAACCGGAACAUUGCCCAUGUCAGCCAGGAUUAUUUGAACAAGCCAUUGCCGGAAAUUAAGAGUGACAGGUGUGUGUCCUCAGUGAGCAGAAAAACCAGCUAUUCUUCUUCGACGCAGUCCUUCCAAAACGCGCUUUCGCCGCAAGUUGGAGCUGGAUCUGCGUCUGCAUCUGCUUUUGCAUCCCCUCGUCCAGGGGUGGGAAUUGCAAACAUAAUGCCAUUGCCCCAUUUUGAGCACGGGUACCUUGAUGACCAUUCUGAACGCUCGUCGACCCAACGGCACUCGGCUCUUUCAUCUACUGGCACCUCGUCUUCGUUUACCACAAGAACGAGCUUGGCCGAAGACCCCGCCGCUCCAACCAGCAGAGACGAGUUGCGCAAAAUCGUCGACGAGAUGCGCCUGACGUAUCUACAUGCCAUUGAGGCCCGUACCCCUCCAACACCCCCAUUAUUUUCUAGUGCUUCAAUACAGAAUCCUCGGUCUAGGAAACAGACUCGGUCCUUGACUUCUUCCAUGUCCGUUGAGAGCGGAUUACGAUCAGCCAGUCAGCGCCAGUCGAAAAAUUCUCGCUCCAAAUCCUGGCAAUCUUCUGCCUCAAUGCCACAGACAUCAUUGGCCUCUCUCCGCUCACAUUCACUCAAGCCUCCGAGUAGGCGUAGAACGGCGACACCAGACGGUAGUCGACGGGCCUCCGACUUACCUGUGGCCGGGUUUGCGACUCUGCCUGCGAUCCAAGCCAGCCCAGCACGGGGUCAGAAUGGGCUGGCAACAAAUGAUAGUGACGACAAGGAUAACGAUGACGAUGAUGAUGAUGAUCACGAUGAGGGAAACCAGGACGAUUGCCACGCUGACUUUGGUGCUGAUGAUCAUGUCCAACUUGAAACUGAACCAGCCGAAAACGCUGCAGAUGUAGAUGUCGGGUUGAAACGGGCUGAUUCUACGACUUUGGGUUCAAUGGCUGCAAAACUCACAAUUCUCGACCACAACCGUGCGUCGAUUUCUUCUUCCUCCCAACAACUUCCUUCCUCCGUCUCCGUUUCGGCCUCAACCUCCUCACCAACCUUCUACAUUUCGUCCGAGUCGGAGCCUGAGCUGGAAUCUGACUCCGAGUCCGAGUUCGGAUGCGACCCUUUUGUGACGAAAACCGCCGCCGCCACUUCCUCAUCACCUCUCAAGCCAUCUUCCGUUGCUGUUCCUCUGUCCCCUUCUUCAGCCGAUCCAUCUUACGAUAGGCUUCCAGAACCCGAAAGGGCAGCUUAUCCUCACCAAAAAUCGUCAAACCCGGUUGAAGGUAUACACCAGAAUCCUGCAGGCCUGCAAAACAAGGCCGAAGCCUCUAACUAUAUUGGUGUUGCUGUCGACCUUGAGGUAGACCCUGACCUCGACCUCGCGUUGGAUCUUGACGACUUCGAAUCUUUGUGCAACGAUUCCUUCAACGGGCCUGAUCUGCGCUACAACGCGUCCAAAUCUGGUGGCAUGGGCACGCUUUGAGCGACUUUCUUAUAAAAAGCGGAUUGGUCAACAGACGGAACAUAGCCGACGUGUGUCAAGGGACACAGGACACACCGGUCAUCUAUCUCUCCUUUGUGCCAAAAAGGAAUGGACCCGAUCAGCUGCUGGCAGACUUUCGGGCCUUGAUCGAUCCCAGCACCAUACAAAAAUUUUCUGGCCAUGGACCGACACAACAAUGGUUUGCUUCUCGGAUAGACAGGCCUCUCCAUUGUGUCGCCCAUGACCUCGCCGAUCUUAUGUCAAAAAUCGUCCUAUUUGUUCUGUUUAGUUUGAUUUGCUAUGUUAUAUCACGAAUGCUUAUGGUUAUGGUUAUGGUUACGCUUUAUGGCACUGAUAUGACUGGCUGUCCCACCACAGGUGGUGAUUUAUAUGUAUUUUCUUAUGGACUCAAACUGGGACGUUUUUGUUCCUUUCAUUUCCUGUUGUGAACCGGUCACUAGAGGAGUUUUAUACGAACUUGGAAUUAGACGAACUUGGAAAAGGCCGGAAGAACGAGGCUUGACGUCAAGCUGAGGUCUAGAAAUGGAAAGGAAAGGGGAGGAGAGGGAAGCAACAAACAGACAAACGGCGAAAGGGCAAGUAGAAGUCUUGCUUGUGAUCUCUCAAGCUGAGGAGGGCCAUACAGCCCAUCAAGGAGCUCCUGUCAGCUCGGCACGGCGCUUAUUACAGUGACACUUCAUGAGAGCUGAGCAAUGGGAGUUACAGUACUUUAGGUGGCUGUUUAUCUGUCCGUCUGUGUGUCUGCCAAUCUCUUCCAAAAGGAUGGUUCCAAGAGCCAUGGCUGGAGUUGCAGCCAUUAAUCACUGCUAGUAGUACAUCUCUGCCAGAUUCUACCCGCAUGGAUACUUCCAAUUCCCUUUACGGAAGGAUGGGGGAGUUUUUGAUGCAAUGCCAACCGACUUGAUGUCAACCA